CCUAGUCGAAUGUAAAUCUCUAGAAUUUCUAGAUCUCAGUAGUAAUCAGAUAGAGGAUACAUUCCCAAGAUGGUUGGGAACACUCCCAAAGCUAAAAGUUCUCGUUUUGAGGUCCAACAACUUUAAGGGUCUUUUGAAUAUUCCAAAGGGAGCUAUCCUAUUUCCCAAGUUACGCAUUUUGGACCUCUCGAGAAACAAUUUCGGCGGUCCUUUGCCAACCAACUUGAUAAUGAACCUUGAAGGCAUGAUAAAUAGAGAAGAUGGGCAAGACGAAUCAUUGUAUAUGACACAAGCUUCCCAAAUAUCGUUAUAUGAAAACUCCGUGACCGUGACGAUGAAAGGGCGAGAGGUUGAGCUAGUGAAGAUCUUGACCAUCUUCACAACCAUCGACUUGUCACACAAUUCUUUCCAAGGAGAAAUUCUCGGAGUCUUUGGAAAUCUUCACUCCCUCAUAGGGCUCAACCUUUCGUACAACCACCUUAUAGGUUCCAUCCCUUCAACUUUAGGGAACUUGACUGAUCUUGGAUGGCUUGAUCUUUCUUCGAAUAAGCUUAGUGGGGGAAUUCCUAGAGUACUAGGAGAUUUGGCAUCCCUUGGAUACUUGGACCUCUCGAACAACCAACUCACUGGCCGAGUUCCUCAAGACAAGCAUUUGAGCACAUUUUCAAAUGACUCAUUUAGUGGGAAUCCAGGCUUAUGUGGAACUCCACUUUCAAAAGCAUGCCCUGGCGAUGCUCCAACUCCUCCACUAUCGUCCUCGUCAACUUUCUAUCCCGAAGGGUAUGGAGGUUGGUUUGAACAAAAAGUACUGUGGAUUGGUUAUGCAUCUGGAAUCGUAAUUGGAAUUUCCAUAACAUAUAUUGCAUGUGAAACUGGAAGGCCCAAAUGGCUCACGCGAGGUGUUAGAAUGCUAGAGACAAGAGCAGCGAAAUGGAUGGAGAAGACAAAGCGGAAGGCCAUCAAGUUUCAUGGACAAAGAAAUUGUUGAGUCUCAGUCGUCUCUUUAAGUUGUGCAAUGUAGAUUCGGUGAAUAAUGAUGUCACUAGACUAGCUUGAAAUGUCAUUUCCCUUA